GGUGUUGGCUUUUUCUUCGCAGGUAUCAUGCUUCUUUUGACGCUUCUGCAAUCAAAGUUCUCGGGUAUCUCUCCUUCUGCUUCCGAAGAGUUCUCGGUGAUGUCAAGGCAAGUGGUCCCGGGUUUGGUAUGCUGUGGAAUUGUGAGUGCGUGGACGUGGAGCGCAACUCUUCUCCAAUCCAGUACAGCGGCAUAUACUUUUGGUUCGUGGUAUGGCGUUGGAGGAACGAUUCAAGUAGCCAUAUUUGCAAUGGUAGCGGCCAAGGUAAAAAUGAAUGCAAAUGGCGCGCAUACCUUCCUCGAGAUUGUCAAGGUUCGGUUCGGCAUCGGAGCCCAUCUGUUGUUCACAUUUUAUGGAUUUCUUUGCAUUCUCGUUGUGAGCGGGUCUCUCCUUCUUGGAGGCGCUGCAACCGUCAACGCGCUCACUGGGAUGAACACCAUUGCAGCUUGUAUACUUCUACCUAUUGGUAUUGCCGUCUACGUCGUUUUCGGUGGCUUGCGCGCAACAUUCAUUUGCGACUGGAGCCAUACGAUUAUUCUAUUCGUCGUCAUCUAUAUCUUCUUCUUCCAGGUGUAUGCCACAUCCCCAGAGCUUGGAAGUAUAACUCGAAUGUAUGCCCUUCUGCAGCAAGCGGGGAUUGACACGCCGGUCUACGGAAACCAGGGCGGAAGUUAUCUUACCAUGAAGUCCAACGGUGGACUCGUAUUUGGUGCUGCCACCAUUCUGUCUGGGUUUUCCGGCGUAUUUUGCGACCAGGGAUAUUGGCAACGUGCCAUUGCCAGUGCCCCUCAGACGACUACUAAGGCAUAUAUGCUCGGUGGACUUUCCUGGUUUGCUAUUCCGUGGGGAUUCGCAUCUUGCUUAGGUUUAGCAGCGCGCGCUCUUGUAUCUAACCCAAGAUUCCCAACAUACCCAAAUCCCCUCUCUGCGUCUCAAACUAGCGCUGGACUUGCGGCUCCUGCGGCAGCCGCAGUGGUUAUGGGUAAAGGCGGCGCGAUCGCUAUGCUUCUUGUAGUCUUCAUGGCUGUCACAUCAGCAGCAAGCGCAGAGUUAAUCGCUGUAUCUAGUAUCUUCUCAUCAUUCCGUAGCUUGUACAGGACCUACUGGCGCCCUCAAGCAUCCGGGCGCGAGAUUGUUCGAGCGUCUCAUAUGUUCAUCUGUUUCUGGGCUAUUUGGAUGGGCUGUUGGGCCGUUAUAUUGCACAAAGCCAGCAUUGAUCUAGGAUGGCUCUUUUAUGUCCAAGGCGUCGUGCUGAGUCCUGCAGUAAUCCCUAUAGCACUAACUGUGACUUGGCGGAAACUCACUCGCAUUGCUGUGUUCAGCGGCUCUCUAUCUGGAGCUGCCUUGGGAAUGGUCGCGUGGAUGAUAGGGUGCCGAAAAAUCUACGGAUCGAUCACCAUUACGAACCUCGCUCAACCUUACUCAGCUGUCUGCUCAGGUCUGACGGGGCUCUUGAUCUCUGGCACCGUGACAAUUGCUGUGUCCUUGAUCAAACCUGCUAAUUACGAUUUCACUGCAACAAGAGAUAUGAAGAGCGUUCACGACAGUGAUGACGCAACUAUGGAGGUACAAAAAGACCUGGAAGGCGCUUCAGUGGUCAAGGUUGAACAUGAACAUGCAAUUGAUGGAAAGGAGUCGGUCGUCCGCGACGGGAUUCGACCUGUGGAGGAUGAAUGCCACGAUGCGAGGUCCCCGGAGAGCCUGGAAGACGGGACACAUAAAGCAUUGGAAGCAGUGUACAAGCGAGCCGCAAUUUACUCGACACUGCUUACUGUCUGCGUCACAAUCAUUGUGCCGCUACCUAUGUUCUUCUCGCACUACAUUUUCAGCGAAUCAUUCUACACCUUCUGGGUGGUCUGCACCAUAUUGUGGGCCUUCCUCAGCGGUGCUUUCUGUAUUAUUCUUCCGCUAUGGGAAUCGCGUUCUCAAAUCUGCGCCAUUGCGGUCGGUGUGUACAAACUUGUAUCCGGGUCUUUGUCGUUGCGAUCGCCACAAAGAGAUCGUCGACGUCUACACUAA